AUGAAUAUGAUGCAUCAUGGUCAUGGCACUGCUCUAAGUCAAGGUGCCAUUUUUGGAUGUUCUAGUGCCGGACACAGUGGCAUCAAUCAGCUUGGCGGCGUUUAUGUCAAUGGACGACCGCUGCCCGAUUCGACGCGUCAAAAAAUUGUAGAGCUGGCACACAGUGGUGCCCGUCCCUGUGAUAUUUCACGAAUUUUACAAGUUUCCAAUGGAUGUGUCAGCAAAAUACUGGGAAGAUAUUAUGAGACUGGAUCGAUAAAGCCUCGUGCGAUUGGAGGCUCGAAACCACGAGUAGCGACACAAAAUGUCGUCGACAAGAUCAGCGACUACAAACGCGAGUGUCCGAGCAUCUUUGCCUGGGAAAUUCGCGAUAGACUACUCUCCGAAGGGGUCUGCAAUAGUGAUAAUAUACCAAGUGUUUCAUCAAUUAAUCGUGUUUUACGUAAUUUGGCGUCGCAAAAGGAGCAGCAGGCAUCAGUACAAAGUAGCGAUUCCGUCUACGACAAGUUGCGAAUUUUCAAUAAUCAGGCGAGCGGAUGGGCAUGGUAUCCGAGUGGCGCACCCCCGACCCACUUGUCGUUGCCAUCGGCGGCAGCUGCUUCGCAACUUAACAGUCAAUUAGCGCGCGAGGAUGUCGUUGGGGCAGCAAAACGAGGAUUAUUUUCGUCCCAUUUACGGACGCCGGGAUCGCAGGAAAGUUUGUCGGAUGGCAAUUCGGAGGCAGGAUCGUCAGGCGAUGAGGACUCGCAAAUGCGAUUACGACUCAAGAGAAAAUUACAACGAAAUCGUACGUCAUUCACGAAUGAGCAGAUCGAAAAUUUGGAAAAAGAAUUUGAACGCACCCAUUAUCCGGAUGUGUUUGCGCGCGAACGACUUGCAGAAAAAAUUGGCUUACCCGAGGCAAGAAUCCAGGUGUGGUUUUCCAAUCGACGCGCAAAGUGGCGACGCGAGGAAAAAUUGCGGACCCAACGACGAUCCGUGGACCACGUAAAUGGCAGUGCAAUAAAUUGUAGCAAUAAUCCUAGUAAUAAUAACAACAACAGCAGUGCUGGCGCAGGCGGUAACAGUGGCAACAAUAACGGCACAAAUACCAAUUCGGGAAGUCCACCAGCGGCGACGACACCACGUUUACAAAUUAAUUCCGGUUUCAAUUCAAUUUAUCCACCAAUACCUCAACCAAUUGCAACAAUGGCUGAAAGUUAUAGCUCCCUCACUUCAUCCUGUUUACAACAACGAGAAGGCUAUCCAUAUUCAUUUAGCGAUCCACUCCAUUCACUAAGUGCCCCAUACUCAAGAUCACCCAACUGCACACCAGCAAUUGCCCAUCAACAGCCCUCGUCCUUCUCAUGCAGCUCCGUCGCCACAAGUACAGGUAAAAUUUGGCAAAUUUCUUAUCAGUUAUGA